AUGAAACAACUUUAUAGGCUCAGGAAGAAUACUAAAGAGGUAAAGAGUCUUGCCCAUAUCCAGUCAAAAUCUAAAAUCAAAGGGAUCCUCAAAGGCGAUGACUCUAAUUAUGAUAACGACAUGGAUGAAAAUAUUGGCAUAAUUACACCUCAUGAUAUUGGCUAUAAAAUAGCCAAACAGAGGGAUUAUAAUAACGGCAAAAUUCCAUUUAGAAUCCAUACGGUGAAGUCAGACAAGUCUUUAAAAUAACACUGUAUAUUCUUCAUUCUCCUCUCUUUAUGAGAAGACCUUAAAGAUUAGUGCUCAAGAACAGGCAAAUCUCUAUGAUCCUAAUGCAGAAGCAAAUGCUGCUAACUCUUUUGCAUCCGAAAUUCCCCUUGAAGAAACAAAAUCAGAAUCAUCUAAGGAUCAAGAUGAAGAUAUUGAGCCUUCCUUUAAGAAUUUUCCUGACACUUUUCACCUUAAUAAUCCUUUAAAUCCUGCUAAAAUUGAGAAGAAGAACUCAGAGAAGCUUCAGCCACAAAUGGCAAAGCAUUUUUACAAUACAGAAAGUCCAUCUUCACCAGUAAAGAAGAAAACUACGCUGUGAAAGCAAAGCGUGCUUGUGGGGUUCCCUGAUGAGAAGAAAGGGAAGUAAUGCAAGUAAUUCACAGAAACAGAAGGCAAAUAGAACCAACCGCCUACCUAUGUUUCCAGAGUCUAAGAUCAAGAGACGUAUUACAAGAAGGUGAUAUGGAGAGCUUACCUCAAAAUUAGGACUCUCAGGAUCUUCUUUGAAAGACCGUGAAAAAUUACUUAAAGUGCUUUUAAAGUGUGAUAGUAGCCAAUUGCCUCCCUCCAUAUGCCACUGAACUCCUGGAGAUCAUGGAUAUGGCUGUGAAAACUCAGAAGAGUGGGCUUUGAGACUUCUCAACGAUAACCAAAGCAGCAUAAAUUCUUUUUCAGAAAGUAACUUCUCUGAAAAUGUGGAUUACGAAAAAAUAUCUGAGGAAUACAAGGCAUGUAAAGUAUUCGCACUAAACAAAGUUCACUCUGUUGUAAGAUAUCAAGAGCAUGACAGGUUUAUCAAGGAUUUUAUGAGAGAUAUUUCAAGAACAUUCUCAAGCUACAAUCUGUUCAAGCACACUAACAUUCUGGCAAAAUUUUUAAAUGUAGUUUUGGCCAUACAUCAGAAAUACCCUGAUAUGGACUAUGUACAGGGGCUAAACUUCAUCGUAGCCUCUCUAUCCCUCCACUGUAAUGAGGCAAUGGCGUUCUGGCUUUUCUGAGGUCUCUCAGAAAAGCUAGAACUUGAGUAUUAUUACUCCCAUAUUGAUGAAAUCCUCCAAAUGGCUAAUGGUGACUCCCAGGUUAAUACUUUAGACUCCAUCCUAGAGCUCAGACUUAAAAAUAGAAAUGUCCCGAUGGGUAAGGAUUAA